CCUCCCUUCGCACUGGGCCGGCGGCGCUUGUUGUUCAGCGGCGGCGGCCGAGCUCGGGUGCAGCCUCGGGCCCGCCGCCGCUGGGGCGUUCGGCCAUGGAGCUGGAGGUGCCGGAUGAGGCAGAGAGCGCCGAGGCGGGGGCCGUGACGGCAGAGGCGGCCUGGGCGGCGGAGAGCGGAGCGGCGGCAGGUAACGGCCUGGCUCAGAAGAAGGCGACCCUGGCCGAGGCCCCAUCUAUGACCGGACAGCCUGGCCCAGGCCAUGGGAAGAAGCUGGGGCACCGAGGCGUGGAUGCAUCUGGCGAGACCACCUAUAAGAAGACCACAUCCUCCACCCUGAAGGGCGCCAUCCAGCUGGGCAUCGGCUACACUGUGGGCAACCUGAGCUCCAAGCCGGAGCGCGAUGUCCUCAUGCAGGACUUCUACGUGGUGGAAAGCAUCUUCUUCCCCAGUGAAGGCAGCAACCUCACCCCCGCCCACCACUUCCAGGAUUUUCGGUUCAAGACCUAUGCACCAGUCGCCUUUCGCUACUUCCGGGAGCUCUUUGGGAUCCGGCCAGACGAUUACCUGUACUCUUUGUGCAAUGAGCCGCUCAUCGAGCUCUCGAACCCGGGCGCCAGCGGCUCCCUCUUCUAUGUCACCAGUGACGACGAGUUCAUCAUCAAGACCGUCAUGCACAAAGAGGCCGAGUUCCUGCAGAAGCUGCUGCCUGGCUACUACAUGAACCUGAACCAGAACCCACGCACGCUGCUGCCCAAGUUCUACGGGCUGUACUGUGUGCAGUCGGGCGGCAAGAACAUCCGUGUGGUGGUCAUGAACAACGUGCUCCCGCGCGUUGUCAAGAUGCACCUCAAGUUCGACCUCAAGGGCUCCACAUACAAGCGGCGUGCCAGCCGCAAGGAGAAGGAGAAGAGCCUGCCCACCUACAAGGACCUGGACUUCAUGCAGGACAUGCCCGAGGGGCUGCUGCUUGAUGCCGACACCUUCGGUGCCCUGGUCAAGACGCUGCAGCGCGACUGCCUGGUGCUGGAGAGCUUCAAAAUCAUGGACUACAGCCUGCUGCUCGGGGUCCACAACAUUGACCAGCAGGAGCGCGAGCGGCAGGCCGAGGGCGCCCAGAGCACGGCAGACGAGAAGCGGCCCGUGGGCCAGAAGGCACUCUACUCCACCGCCAUGGAGUCCAUCCAGGGCGGUGCUGCGCGGGGCGAGGCCAUCGACACCGAUGACACGAUGGGCGGGAUCCCGGCCGUGAAUGGGCGCGGGGAGCGGCUGCUGCUACACAUAGGCAUCAUCGACAUCCUGCAGUCCUACAGGUUCAUCAAGAAGCUUGAGCACACCUGGAAAGCCCUUGUCCACGAUGGGGACACAGUCUCUGUCCACCGCCCCAGCUUCUAUGCUGAACGCUUUUUCAAGUUCAUGAGCAACACGGUCUUCCGGAAGAACUCCUCUCUGAAGUCCUCGCCGUCCAAGAAGGGGCGCAGUGCCCUACUGGCUGUCAAGCCCCUGGGGCCCACAGCAGCCUUUUCGGCCAGCCAGAUUCCCAGUGAGCGUGAGGAUGCACAAUAUGACCUGCGGGGAGCCCGCAGCUACCCCACGCUAGAGGAUGAAGGGCGGCCUGACCUUCUGCCCUGCACUCCACCUUCUUUUGAAGAAGCCACCACCGCCUCCAUAGCCACGACCCUGUCGUCCACCUCCCUCUCCAUCCCAGAGCGGUCCCCUUCAGAGACCUCGGAGCAGCCCCGGUACAGGCGCCGCACACAGUCGUCUGGACAGGACGGCCGGCCCCAGGAGGAGCCACACGCAGAAGAGGACCUGCAGCAGAUUACUGUGCAGGUGGAGCCCACGUGCAGCGUGGAGAUCGUGGUCCCCAAGGAGGAAGAUGCGGGGGUGGAGGCCUGCCCAGCCGGGGCCUCUGCAUCCGCUGUGGAGGCAGAAACCACCAGCCAGGCCUCGGAGCCCGCCAGCCAGGCCUCAGACGAGGAGGACGUGCCUGCCACUGACAUCUACUUUUUCACCGAUGGGAGGUACUGGAUUUACUCCCCCCGCCAUCGCCGACUGCGGGCCGUGACGCUGAGCUCCUCGGGGACUCCCACCGACGACAGGAGCUGGGUGUACUCCCCGCUCCACUAUAGCGCGCAGCCCCAGCCCUCCGACGGCGAGAGCGACACAUAAUUUCUAUGCAGUCUCACCUGGGGCUGAGUGCCCACCAUCACCUCAGCUGCUUCCAGAGGCACUGCCCACACAGCUGAGGCCCAGGGCGUGGGGACAUGCCACCCUGCGGCCAUCCCCGGCCAACCUCGUCCUCGUCCUGCCCCUGAUGGAUGCCGCAGGCCAGACCUCUCUUACCCCGAAGCUCCACAGGCGAUGCAGCGACCCUGGGCCACCCGCACUGCACCCACCAGACGGCGACCUUCCUGAGCGUCCAGUCGUGUAUUUAUUUUGGGCCCUUAUUCUUUGCACAGACAGGCAUGUGGUGCUUUUUAGGGGAAAAAAGACAAAAACCAGAAAAGGAAGAGACUCCACACCACCACACUUUGGUCCUUUGCCUCCAUUGCAUGUGUCCUGCAGGUCGAGGCCAUUCCUGCCACCUUGGGGACCUGGGCUGCAGGGUUUGGCUGCCCUGGUGAGGCUUACCUCCAGGACAGGUCUCUGGGUGCCUCUUCCUGAUGUCUCACUGUCCUGUGUGUGCUGAGGCCACCUCUCCUGGAAGCAGAUCCUCCGUGCUUGGCUCAGGCUUGGGGCUUCAGUGCAGGGCUCGUGUCCUCAGUAGUGGCCCUGAUGGCUUGCUGUCAUGCUGAGCCACCAGGAAGGACAUUCCAGGCCCAGGUGUCUGUGAGCAAGAAUGCCCAGGUCGUCACACUCCUGCCCCAAUGCGGCUGCCCCUCUCUGCAGAGCUCAGGGCUGUGGAUUUUUCUGUCCCUCCAUAGCGUUGUCCUCACAGUCCUCGGACAAGUGAACCCCCUCAGGAGACGCCUCAAAGCAAGACUGGCUUUCAAGGAACUAGGCUGGGCCUUCGGGUUAGAGAGCAGGUGUUCCAGGUUGGGCACAUGCUGGGCAGGCUGCCGUGGCACGUGAGGCCACUGUAGGCGAAGGCCAGCGGCCUUUCCUCUAGCUGUCCCUGCCUUCUGGUGACAGCCACACUUGUCCAGAAGGAAAGACCCAGUGGAUGAGGCCCUGCCCACUCCUCGGAUCUCCCCCCACACGGCCCCAGGGGAGACACUGGGUCCUGUUUGGAUCUGGGGCCACGCCCCCCAGAAUAAUGGGGUAGGACCAGCCCAUCCAGGAGUAUGAUUUUUUUUUUUUUAAGCCCGCUACAAGAUGUCAGCCUGCUGUCCAGGCCUUUCCUGGUGUCCCUUCUGCAGUAAUGUAAUGGGGAAUCUGCCAGUUCUUCCCUGAGCCGCCAGCAAGGAGCCCAUAUUCCCUCCCAGACCCUCAGCGGCCCAGUCAUGGCUCCAAGAACCAAUCCCAGUCGGCCCGGACAGGUUUGUCCUUACCAUGUGAGGGGUGUGGUGUCCUGCAGAAGGUGGAGUCAGCAUCUGUGUCCCUGAGAAGGGAGCGGCGCAGCCUCCGUAGCCACGGCACACAUCGCCCGGGGCUGGCAGGGAGGAAAGACUGGCAGCAGCCCUCCUGCGUAGGUGUCCUACGUUCCUGCGUUAAGUCCCAGAGGCCCCUUUGGAGCCCCAUGUUGUGUGAGCUGUAUGCUUCGUUCCUUUUCAGAAUACUGCAAAAAGCACGCCAAAGUGUCCCUCAGACUGACAAGGGGCCUUGCCUGCUUGUCAUUUCUGGGGCAGAGGAGUGCACAGGAGAGAAUUGUUUAUAAUGUGUGGCAACUCGGGGUCUUCCUUAGACCCUAGGAGGGAGCCCCUGGGUGUGCCCAGCCAUCCCCACUCCCUGGAGAUCUGUAAAUACCCAAAUGACCCAGCUCUCUCCUGCCUUGCCUCUCCAGUGGCUGCUCUCGAAGACCCUGGACAGUGUCCGAAUCCUUGUACUGUAAAAAUGGAGAGGCAUUUUCUGAGACUGGCAAGGUUGAAGUUUCCAUGUGGUCCCCCAGGCCAUCUCAGCUGUCCUAUUCACCUCCACACUGGCUCAGUGCAAUACUCCCUUCCCCGCGGGGUCCAUUGCCAGAGUACUGUCGCCGCAGCCCCUCGGUCCCCUCCAUACACCUCCUCCAGUGGUUACAAGGCCCAUCGCCCGGGCUACCCCAGUCUGUGUGGCUGAACCAUUUCAAAACAAAAAACUGCAAACCUCAUGUCUUAACCCUCACCAGGGGUCCCUCAUCCUCAGUCCCUGUAGUCUGGUGUGUGACAAUCCGGAGCAUGGCUUCCUGUGGCACCGACAGCCAGGCCAUGUCCUUCCAACCCAGACCUGUGGGCACCUCGGGCAGUAUAGCUGCUGCUGACCCCUGGAAUACCCUUCUGUUGCCCGGGCCCCGCCGCCCCACCCUGCCAAACCCCCUCUUUUUACGUUGAAGAGAUCUCUAAUAAAUCGGGUAUAA